AUGCGGUCCAGCUCAGAUGGGGCACUGGCUACGAGGGCGGAGAUGCCCCUUGAUGCACGCUUCCUGCAGCUGGUGGGAACCAAGCUGAGGGCUGCUGGGGGAGGCGUGGAGGUGGCAACCUUUCCCAACUCCAGCAGGGACCAGCAGAAACAGGAGCAGCCAACACAGUGGGGAUAUGAUGACCUUGCAAACUCUCCCCCAAUCCCAGUCGUGACGUCCCAGACCGCGCAGGCCUUCUCUCUGAGCUCGGCACUGAAGGGCCAGUCGGCGUCGAGCGCCAGUAUCUACGACAGCUCCGGCACGCAAGAUGGGGUCGCGCCCGCCGGCUACUCCAUCCCCGCCGUGUCCCAGAUGUUCAUUCACGCGGUGCAAGAUUUGCACACCUCACGGACGUCCGAAGAUGACGUCUCGACGCCCAAAAGACGGUCAAGGAGAAGCGCCCCUGUGACGAAAGGAAAGUCGCGGCGAGGCGUGGCGAGUGGGAAACUAUCUCGGAGGGCGCCGAUUGAGAGACAGCCGCGACCUGCGGCGGUCCCCAUGCAGUCGCCAUUCAUGGCGGCCAACCAAUGCGAGGCGCCUGAGACGACGCCCAACAAGAACUCGACGCUGGAGUUCGGGAAGAAGUAUUCGGAGCUGAGGGUGAAGGUGAAGCGGUCGUUUCGGAAGCGGGGAACCGACGGCCGUCAGGUGGAGGAGAGGCCGCGCAGGAUUGAGGCGACCGACAGCAUCGAAGAGACGCUGAGGAGACUUCAGGACCCGCGGCCCCGCGUCCUGGCGAAUCGGCCGAAGCCAGUGGAGAAGAAACGAGCAUCGCCGCCUCACACACAUCCACAGCCGUCUCCACCGCUACCUCAGGUACCAAAAGUUGCUUUGGCAAGCUCCACAAUGCCUGAAAUAGCUCCAGCCUCAGCCCCCAAGGUUGUGGAGCCCCCUUCCAAGGAUCCCAAAACAGACAUGCCUGCUGCCCGACCACGCCACAUCCCAGAGUAUGAGGAGACUUGCGUGAACGCAUUCUGGUGCAUGUGGAUCGUGGGCUUCAUUUUCCCGGUCCUGUGGGUAGGCGGCUCAACAGGAAUCUUCUCCAGCUCUCGGUGUGGCUUCAUCGCAGGGAUGACCAACGUAAUAAGCCUGCUGGUGGCCAUCAUAGUGGUCGUCAUCUUUUUUCUGUAA